AUGAAGAAUGUAGAGCAGCAGCCUUCACAAAUAUCCACCACCAAACUUUUCAAUGCACAUAUUCGAUUCAAUUAUAUUGUUUUCUGUUUUCUUCUAAUUGGUUUUGGUUUAAGUUUAGGCCUAGGCAUCUCUCUCAGCUUCUUCUAUUUCAGAGAAAGUUCCUUGGCUUGCCAACUUGACCAACUCUUUGUCUACCAUGCCUCCGAUCUAACUAAUCCUCCUCUGGCACCGCCACCUUCCAUUUCCGAUCAAACCAAAAGCCUUGUGGAAAACCGAAUAUCGGCCUUUGAACCAUCUCCUCCCAUUUCACAACAACCUCUGCCAUCUUCAUCGAUGACCAAUUUCAUUUCGAAAAAAACCAGGGAUUAUAUAAAGGAAGUUUUUGAACCGCCGGAGACUAUGCAUACUAUGAAGGACGAGGAGUUGUUUUGGAGGGCGUCAAUGGUUCUGAAAAUCCAAGAAUUCCCAUUCAAACGAGUCCCCAAAGUUGCAUUUUUGUUUUUGACGAGAGGGAAAGUGUUAUUAGCUCCACUUUGGGAGAAAUUCUUUCAAGGAUAUCAAGGUUUAUACUCCAUUUACGUCCAUUCCGAUCCUUCUUUCAAUCAAACAGUGCUCAAGAGUUCGGUUUUUUAUGGCCGGCGGAUCCCCAGUAAGACUGUGAGAUGGGGCGAAAUGAAUAUGGUGGAAGCAGAACGUCGCCUAUUAGCAAAUGCUUUGCUUGAUAUCUCUAAUGAACGUUUCAUUCUUCUUUCAGAAGCAUGUAUUCCUCUUUUCAAUUUUUCUACUGUUUAUAAUUAUCUUAUACGCUCAAACAAAUCCUUUGUGGAGUCGUAUGAUUUAAGAGGCUCUGUAGGCCGUGGCCGAUAUAACAACCUGAUGCAUCCUGUGGUUGAUCUUAAGCAAUGGCGAAAGGGCGCUCAAUGGUUUGAGAUGGAUCGUUUUCUUGCCAUUGAGGUAAUCUCCGACCGAAAAUAUUUUCCUGUAUUCAGGCGUUAUUGCUAUGGUAAAUGUUAUGGGGAUGAGCAUUACUUGCCAACAUUUGUUAAUAUGAAAUUUCCGGAGAGAAAUUCAAAUAGGACUUUGACAUAUGUGGACUGGUCCAAGGGAGGACCUCAUCCAUUUGUGUUUCUUAGAGAGGAUGUCACCAAGGAAUUUUUGGAGAAGUUAAGAAAUUCCACCCGUUGCGAUUAUAAUGGAAGAGAAACCUUCAUUUGCUACUUGUUUGCAAGGAAAUUUUCACCAAAUGCUUUGGAUAGGUUGUUGAGAUUUGCUUCAAUUGUCAUGAACUUUUAG